CUCCAAGGUCUUGGAGCUCACUCUGAAAGAAGAGAGCCCGAGAGAGAGGCACCAUGACGGGCAGCAUCGAGGGACUUGAGAGGUUCGAGAGUCCGGGAAAAGGGCGAGGUCUGCGGGUUAUCAGACCAUUCAAACUCGGAGAGCUCCUGUUUUCGUGCCCUGCAUACUCUUCAGUGCUGUCGGCAAAAGAGAGGGGCUUCUACUGCGAGUUCUGCUUCUCCAGAAAAAAGGGCUUGGCAAGAUGUGGGAAGUGCAAGAAAGCUUUCUAUUGCAAUGCAAAAUGUCAGAAAGGAGACUGGGCCAUGCACAAGCUGGAGUGUUCGGCAAUGAUUGCAUUUGGAGAGAAAUGGUGUCCAUCAGAUAUGUCCCGCCUGGUGGCCCGGAUCCUUGCCAAGAAGAAAACGCAGAAAGAAAGGUGUAGUUCGGAGAAGAUCUUGCUCAUAGGAGAGAUGCAGUCGCACGUGGAGGAUGAAGACAACGAGAAAAGAGAGAUGACUGAGGCAGACAUCGCGGGGCUGCAUCGGUUUUACUCCAAACAUCUAGAUAUUCCCGAUCACAAAGACCUGCUCACACUGUUCUCCCAGGUCGCCUGUAAUGGUUUCACAGUAGAAGAUGAUGAGCUUUCCCACAUGGGCACUGCAGUCUACCCAGAUGUGGCGCUAAUAAACCACAGCUGUGCUCCCAGCGUCAUAGUCACGUAUAAUGGGACCACGGCUGAGGUGCGGGCGGUGCAGGACAUGAAACCUGGAGAUGAAGUGCUCAUCAGCUACAUAGAUCUCCUCUAUCCAACAGACGACCGCAAUAUGAGGCUGAGAGAGUCCUACUACUUCACCUGCGACUGCCAGGACUGUAAAACCAAGUCCAAAGACAAGGCAAAGCUGAAAGUACGCAAGCGGAGUGACCCCAUCGAACCAGACGUCAUCAGCAACAUGGUGCGCUACGCCAAGAAAACCAUCAGAGAGUUCCGGGCCUCCAAGCACACAAAAAGUGCUAGUGAGUUGUUGGAGAUGUGUGAGCAAAGCCUGGACGAAAUGGGAUCUGUCUUUGACGACUCCAAUGUGUACAUGCUCCACAUGAUGUACCAGGCCAUGGGGGUUUGUAUCUACAUGGAAGACCCACAUGGAGCUAUCAGAUACGGCGAGAAGAUCCUCAGACCGUUCAGCCAGCUGUAUCCACCCUAUUCCUUGAAUGUGUCCUCCAUGUACCUGAAGUUGGGCAGACUCUACAUGGGGAUGGACAAGCACUCGGCGGGUAUCAACGCUCUCAAAAAGGCAAUGGCCAUAAUGGAGGUGGCUCAUGGGAAGGACCACCACUACGUCUCAGAGCUGCGCAAAGAAAUGGCACAAAAAUGAAGAGGACGGAGAGAAGGACGCUGCUAAUCCCUAUGGACUGCAUUCACUUCUUUGAUUAGGAGCUUUUACAGAACAGUGGGCACUUUCUUUUUUUUUGUUUUUAAGUACCAAAGUAAAGACUGUACAUUUUUUUUAUGCAAAUGAUUUAUGAAAUGGAUUUUUUUGUUUCGGCUGAGCGCAGGAUACGUUUGUAACAGGCAUUUAAUGUGCAUUUGUGUGAAAUUCUGACAUUAUGAAAAUGCUUUUUUAAUAACAUUGAGCGUAAGGUGGGAAAUCGUUUUGUAUUAGUUUAUAACUGACACGUCAGCUGGUCCCUGUAAUUCAUCAGAGCUGACUUGUUUACAGUGUGUGCGUGUGUGUGUGUGUGUGCGUGUGUGUGUGCCACAACAUCACUGUCAUCCAAGCGGGACAGCUGCUUUCCCCUUAAAGCUGCGGAAUGUGGACACGUCACUACGAAGUGCACUAAUUUCUAAUGCAGGAGAGGAUCCGAGCCGCAGUCUUAAAGAAAAUAAGGCUUUAUUGCAUAAUAAGCAAGUACAACAGCUUCAUACAUGUCUGGGGAGAGGAAAACAAGAAACUAAACUCGAUGCACUGAAAAUGCAUAUAAAAAAAACAUAUGUACACAUAUUUUGAAAUGUAUUUGUAUUUGUUUGGCCCAAAAAAAAAAAGAAAUGUAAUGGGAAAAAUUAAAUAUGAACAUAAAAUGGAAUGCCGUGUGAGAAAAUACUGAAGAGAAGUGCAACAACACACUUAAAUGUCAAGAGAGCAUAAAGCUUAUACUUAUCUGAGAAUAUAUACAAUGAAAUAUAUAUAUAUAUAAAAAAAGCAUGCAUAGUUUAUUAUGUUGCGGUAUUUUAAGAAGUACCAAGUCAAGAGAAGGAACUACAUAAAAACACUUGUCUUUCUGCUCACAUGCCCCGUUAUUUACAGAGUUACGUUGGACACGAGUGGCUUCGCUUUAAGAUUCAGAUAAACCAUCUUUGAUGAUAGUGUGUGACGAGGGAGCACAGUAACCAGAUUAUUUGAAAUGUCUGUCCACGUUUUGGCAAACAGCGUUGUGUCUCGGUUUAAGUUCGAUAGGUGAAAGUGACACACCAGUCUCCUGUACUGUCAAGUCCUUCAAUAACAGAUUUGAAAGUUGAUCUUGUGAACAAACUAAAACUGCCAAAAACCUGCUCAGGACAAAGAGUACAGGGAUAUUUCAGUAAGGCACAAUGACACAUGACCUACAGUAUUAACUGUAAACGGGCACUUUUUUUUUUUUUGGCUAUGUAUGAAUUAUCUCCAAUUUGGAUGAAGACUUUUUGAAAUGCUUUGGCAGUAAGAAAUGACAAGAUACAUCUGAAGGUGCUGUAGUGAAAGUGAACUACACUGCUUGUGUUUGCAUGGGAAGUAGAGAGCCGAGUAGAAAUGUCUGCACCGAGACAUGCUCAGAGAGAAGGACAAUCAGAGGAAUCCAAGGAACACUUUAAGAGGGAGUUCAAAAAGAUCGACAUGCUUGCCAUCGGCAAAGGUGACCACAGUCUUUUUAGAAAUAAAUUAAAAAAAAACAAAACAAAACAAAA